GUCUCCGGACAGCGCUGGCUCCCGGCCUCUUAAGCGAGAUGAGCACGCAACCCUAGAGUCGGACACGACUGGCCCGUACGGGCAGGGGUACCUUUACCUUUUUUAUUGAUUUAGGGGUGGGCAGCUGGCUUUCCCAGCUCUCUCCCCCCCCCCCCGCUAGCCCCAUGGACUCAUUGGGGAUUCACCCGUUCUGCCCCCACCCCAUUCCGCCCCCAUCCAUUUUCGGCGUGGGGAUGCCCCUGUUUUGCUUUUUACUAGUGCUUGCUAAAUUUAAGCGCAUGGAAUUCUGGAAGCAGAAGGAACAAAACAGCAGGCAACGUUAGACCAAAACAUUACUAGCAGUCAUAGGAGAAUGCCAUCAGCGCUGACUGACACCUGCCUUGAUUUUGCAGUUUUAUAUACAGUAUUUGCCCUUCCACCACUCUGCAUCUUUACCUCUUUGUCCUCUCUGGCAAUCAGCCCUCCCCUUCGGGAUUUCCCAUCCAUUGACGCUCCCCUCCAGGAGACUGCCUAACCAUAGAGCUACGGCUACAGAGCAGCCUGUGGUCGGAUGGGAACCAGAAGUGACGAGCUGCCCCUUGCCCUCCUGCUCUUGGGGCUUCGUUGGGAAACUGCCCCUCCCCCGCCCCAAUUAACUGGAGGAAUUAGAACCAUAGAACCGGAAGGGGUCCCAAGUGUCAUCUAGUCCAGCCCCCUGCAAUGCAGGGAUCUCAACUAAAACAAAAUGAAAUAUUUCUGACACAGUUUGCAAUACGUUAUUAUUUGGAAUAAAAUAAUCGUGGAAAAGGAUAUUCAUAACCAGAAGAAUGCCAAGAAGUGCAAGUAAUUCUGCUGCAGGAAGGGAACACAGAAUGAAUGGAGGCCCGGGAAAAAGAGAACCAAUCAGAAGAGAACCGAGAGGCGGCGGCGAACCAAUCAGAGGACCCGGAAACUAGAAGCCCAUUGAGGCCGUUGCGUCUUGGUCAUUCAGCUUCUUCCGCCCCGGCUGCUCCUCUCCAGGGGAGAGACAGGCUUCGCCUCCAGUCUGCAUCUUCCCGGGAUCCUUCCCUCCGAGGAAACCACCUGAGGCUGCCCAAUGGUAAAGCUGCCCCUGAGGAAUCGAAGAAUUGAACCGGGCACCUCCUUCUGCAUGCAAAGCAGCUGCUCUGCCUUGGAGCUACGCCCCCUCCCCUAAUAGCAUAGCCCAACAUCCAGGACCCUGCCUUAAAAAGAAAAAAGCUGUCCAUAAUAAUGACACCGGACUACCCUUGAGGGUUGUCGUGCUCAAAACCCCUCUAGCAAAACGGGCCUAACGACACCAGGCUGCUCUGAGGGGCUGUUAUAACCGGGGGGGGGGGCACCCUCAGACGCAGCCCUGCCCCCCUUUGUAAACAGGUGUAAUAAUGAGGGAUCUUUUCUCCCAUGGGGUUAAGGGGGGGGGGAUGUAACACUGUGCAACCUUCAUUCACAUGAUGAGUUUUUUGGGAGGGGGGUCUCUUUCGUUGCCUCUGCCAGGGAUUGGACCUGGGACCUUCUCACAAAGCAAAUGGGGAAAUAGAGCUGUUUGGGGAGCAAGGGAAUUUAUGUUUGCAGGGAGGGGAGGGGGAAUCGCCUGCCAACCACCCCUCCUCCCGCUUCCUAGAGAGGCGGGUUUUCCAUGAAACCUCAUUAAGAGGUUUUGGAUAUGAUCCUAAAACCUCACAAACCUGAGUGACUGGGCAAACCCAGGCUAAAUGUCCCCUAAAGACCAAGAGAUGGUUUUCUAAAGCUUCUAUGUAAAGUUUGACAUUCUUCCUGUUCCCUGUCUCUCCCUUGCAGUCCCUGGACUGGUCCCUGCUUCUCCCCCCCCCUUUAAAUUUAUAUGUAUUCUAUAAAUUUUGUUUUUUCAAAAUGUUGAACAUAACAAACAUAUAAAAACAACUCUCUAGUUUGAAGAGGAAAAAAUGCCCCACAAAUAACCCAGAGAUGCAUUUUAAAUAAAAGCAUACAUUCUACUCAUGUAAAAACACACUGAUUCCCGGACCGUCCACGGGCCGGAUUAAGAAGGCGAUUGGGCCGCAUCCUGCCCCCAGGCCUUAGUUUGCCUACCCCUGGUCUAGUGUCUAGAGGCAUGUGCAGUAACUGUUUGGUUUGUUAGAAAAGGUAUAAUUUGAGGCACAUUUAGCCAGUUCCAGAUGUUGUCUAGCUUUGCUUAAUAUUUGUUCGCCAGUCAAAGGUAUGCUAUCUGUGUAAAUGUCUCCAACCCUAAAUGAAUCUGUAUUUCUCCAUUGUUCACAUCAAAGACCUGCUCUCUGCUUUGAAGUGCAUCGUGGCAACAGGUGAGGGAGUCCCAGAAGUAGCCCAGUUUACACUUGCUUGUGUGUCCAGUAGGGAAGGGACCUUUAAAAAGUUUUCUUCUUCUUCCAGAAUCUGGUGACCAUCCAGGCCCUCUUGACCUUUGAGGAGGUGGCUGUGUUUUUCACGGAGGAGGAGUGGGCUCUGCUGGAUCGUGGCCAAAGAGCUCUGCACAAGGAAGUCAUGGAGGAGAAUUAUGAGAUGGUGGCCUCUCUAGGUAAGGGCAGAUAUUUAUGUCUGGACUGCUAGAUGUUGAAGGUGUGGAUCCACUCUUUUGUGCCAUUUAUUCAUGCAGAGUAGGAAUAAGAAUAGCCUGCUGGAUCCCUCUUUUUGUGCAUGUACGAUAUUUGCAGCUUUGCUCUCUGAAGCAGCAUCCAUUUACACACACACACACACACACACACACCGCUUGUAACAGUGGAAACCACAAGUCACUGUCCUGCUAAUGUUGCAUGUCUUUGUAAGAUCUGGAUAUGGUAAUCCCUCCUCUUUACCUUUGCAGUCGUAGAUACGGAUUGAUUUGAAACGGCCAGGUGAUUUGUGGCCAAACGUAGCAAAUAUUAUCUCUUUGCUUGACAGAAUCCGACCUCAGUUCCUAUUGGGAAGAAGGACAAAAUUCAUUCCUCCAGGACCCCAAAGAAGGGAAGAGCUCAGCUGGUAUGCACUUAGCUGUGUUGUUGGGCCCUUUUUGCUCCAAUAAUAAUAAUAAUAAUAAUAUAAAUAAAUAAUACCCCACCCAGCUGGCUGGGUUUCUCCACCCACUCUGUGCAGCUCCCAACAGAAUAUUAAAUACAAUAAAACAUCAAACAUUGAAAGCUUCCCUAAACAGAGCUGCCUUCAGAUGUCUUCUAAAAGUCAAGUAGUUGUUUAUCUUUUUGACAUCUGAUGGGAGGGCAUUCCACAGAAUGGGCACUACCACUGAGAAGGCCCUCUGUCUGGUUCCUUGUAACCUCACAUCUUGCAGUGAGGGAACCGCCAGAAGGCCCUCGGUGCUGGACCUCAGUGUCUGGGCUGAACGAUGGGAGUGGAGAUGACCCUUUGGGUAUACUGGGCCAAGGAAGAGAGGAAGGAGAAGCCUGAUGACUUUAUGUCCUGCUUCUGGGCUUCCUAUCAGUAUUUAGUUGGCCCCUGUGGGGCCAGGUGGACAAAUGCAGCCUUCAAACCUCUCCAGCUGGCCCUUGGGCCUCUCUUCUCCCCAGACCCUGACCGGCUUCCCAUCUUCCUUGAGUGUUUUUGGUCUGGCUGGGUUGUUUCCUUGAAAUCAGAUGGGGCUUCUUGCCAGCCUGGAUGGAGGACAGAGAAGGGUGUGUGGAAGCUCUGCUCCUGUCCAAAGGUCGCAUUUACAUUCGUUGUAAAUGCCUCUGGCCCCACAGCGUACAGGUAAGCCACUCUCAAGCUGCAAAAUGUUGCCCACACAGGGUCUUCUUCUAAAGAACAGAGACGGCCUCCAGGCUGAGGUUUCCCUUCCAUGUGCUGAGAUGCACCCCAAAUUAAAAUGUCCUCUGUAGUGCCACUGAGCUGAGAUCCUCUUCACGGGCGCCAGGGGGGUUCUGUUGGGUCCUCGUGUCCCCCCUGCUAUCCCUCAGCAGGAGAGCUAAGAUCUUGCCUUUCCCUGGUUUGGGGAAGAGAGCCAUGGCAGUAGUAGCACUAGGAGUGUCUGGCUAUUUUGUAUUUCGUGAUUUGGGUUGAAGGAUAAGAUCCAGUUGGAUGGGGCUCUGAGGAAGGGGAGAGAUGAGCAGACACAGCUCAGCAAGUUUGAGGAGCAGCAAGAAGGGACUUGUGUUGUUGUCUUGAGACAACAUGUUCAUAGUCAGAAGCAUCUUCAGAAGCUAACAUCAGAUUCAGCUGGGCAGGGAAGGAAGGCGGAGGACAUUCUUGAAAAUGGUAAACUCAGAGAAGCUGAGAACUGGGCUCGAUCCAUAAUGAGAGUCUCUGCUUUGCAAUUUAAAUGGCAUUUCUUUUUCUGCCUCAAAACAGGUAAUGGGCAGAAGAGUGAGAAUUAUGGGGAGCCAUCUGUGGUGUCUGUAGAAAAUGUGGAGCAUGAAGCACAGAAAGAGACAUUUGUAAAUCAACGUUCACCUGAAAAGCAUGUAGGAAAUGUGUUGAAGAACUGGAAAACCAAAUCGCUUACUACUCAGGACACUGAUGUCUGUGUAUCACUGAAUCCAGAGGAAGAAUGCACAGGACGUAGCAGUGUGGAGUGUGGAAAGAGCUUCAGUCAGAGUGGAAGCAUUAGUUUACAUCAAAGAACCCAAACAGGGGAGAAAGUGUUUCAAUGCACGGAAUGUGGAAAGAGCCUCAGUAGUGCUGGUAACCUUGUCAAGCAUACAAAAACCCACAGAGGGGAGAAACCAUUCAAAUGCAUGGACUGUGGAAAGAGCUUCAGCCAGAGUGGAAACCUUAUUGCACAUCAAAGAACCCACACAGGGGAGAAACCAUAUGAAUGUAUGAUGUGCAGAAAGAGUUUCAGUCUCAAUCACCAUCUUACUUUACAUCAAAGAAGCCACACCGGAGAAAAACCAUUUAAAUGUAUAGAGUGUGGAAAGAGCUUCAGCCAGAGCGGAAACCUUAUUGCACAUCAAAAAACCCACACAGGGGAGAAACCAUUAAAAACUAUGGAGUGUGGAAAGAGUUUCAAUCUCAAUUACCAUCUUACUUUACAUCAGAGAAACUGCACAGGGGUGAAACUGCAUAAAUGCAUGGAGUGUGGAAAGAGCUUCACUUGUAGGAGUGCACUUACAGAACAUCAACGAAUCCACACAGGAGAGAAACCAUAUGAAUGCAUAGAUUGUGGAAAGCGCUUCCGUAUUGGGAGUGUCCUUACUUUACAUCAAAAAACCCAUGCUGGGAAUAAGCCAUUUAAUUGUAUGGAGUGUGGAAAGAGCUUCAACCAGAGCGGAACCCUUACUGCACAUCAAAGAAUUCACACUGGGGAGAAACCAUUUAAAUGUAUGGAGUGUGGAAAGAGCUUCAGUCAGAGCGGAAGCCUUACUGCACAUCAAAGAAUUCAUACUGGGGAUAAACCAUUUAAAUGUGUGGUGUGUGGAAAGAGCUUCAGUCAGAGUGGAAACCUUACUUUACAUCAAAGAACACACACCAGGGAGAAACCAUUUAAAUGUAUGGAAUGUGGAAAGGGUUUCAGUCUCAAUCACCACCUUACUUUACAUCGAAGAACCCACUGCACAUCAAAGAACACUUACAGGCAAAGUGAACAAGAGAAGUAACUGGCCGACUUAUAGAGAGCUGCUAACCGAAGUGGAAAAUCAGUUAAAAUUAAAAUAUUUUGAAGAGAUAAGGGAACUAAUAACAGAUUGGUUACAGUAUUUUCAAUUGAAUGAUAACUUCAAGAUAGACAAAAAGAGAGGUUUUAGUUAUGAGAUAUCAAGAUUCCAAAAAGAACUUCUAGAAAAUAAUAUUAAAACUGUCAAAAAUGUAUAACUUGCUCCUAGAAUGGCAUACAAAGGAUAAACAGGUUAAAUUGGCUAUGAUAAACUGGGCAAAGGACUUAGGACGUAAUAUACAAAUGGCAGAUUGGGAGAGGCUAUGGAGAACAGAUUGGAUUUUUUUUUUAAUAGUAAAUUUUAUUAGUAUUUUCCACACAACAAAAAAUGAAAAAUAACAAGACACAAGACACAAAAACAAAUCCAAAUCUUACAAAUUAAUAAUAUAAACACUAAAAAGGAAAACAAACGUUGACUUCCACCAAUCCCACAGCACCUCCUUUACCUCUCAUUGUAUCUUCCUGUUUUCUUUAUCAUCUCGAUCCUAGCAUCUAAAUAUAUAUCCCUCUUUCUUAACCUUUCACUUCACAAGGUUAUUCCAGACUCAGCCAGAUUUCUGUCCUCGAACGUUGUCUUUUAAGGUAUUCGUUUAGGCAUUCCCAUUCCACUACACUUUUUGGUUUUUGUCUUAUUAUAUCUGUCAGUUUGGCUAACUCUAAGUAUUCUGAAAGCUUACAUAACCAUUCUCCCCUAGUGGGUAACUGAUUCCCUUUCCAAUACUUAGCCACCAGAAUUCUUGCUGCAGACGUCACUUAUAAUAAAAAUUCAGUUUGAUCUUUUGGGAUAUCGUCGUUUAAUAUUCCUAAAAGGAAUGCCUCUGGCCUUUUACUAUAUGAUAUUCUUAGUAUUUUCUUUAUUUCUUCAUGGAUCAUGCUCCAAAAUUUCCCAAUUUUGGGGCAUGUCCACCACAUAUGGCAGAAAGUUCCUUUUUGUUUCUUACAUCUCCAGCACUUAUAAUUAUAUGUUUUAUUCAUUUUUGCCAGCCUUUCUGGUGCCAGAUACCACCUGUGAUGCUUUUUCAUAUAGUUUUCUCUUAUUAGGUAACAUGCUGUGAAAUUUAUAUUUUUUUGUCCACAGUCUUUCCCAUUCUUUAUAUUCAACUGAAUGGCCCGGAUCUUGUUCCCAUUUUUUAAUAGCGUCACCUUUUUCCUCCUUUUCUAUUUUCCUAUUUUGUAACAAUUUAUAUAUUUUUGAGAGAGUCUGUUGGUUGUUGUAUAAUAUUUCCUUUUCCCAUACCGAGAUUUUUUUAUCAAACCCCUUAAAUUUAUUAUCCUUCUCAAAUAUUGUUUUUAAUUGGAAAUAUUCUAGAGAACGGCUUUGAAAUUCACAGCACCUACGCUGAAAGAAAAUUAUAUGAAAAUGAUGUAUCGGUGGUAUCUGACUCCACACCUAUCAGCCAAUCACCCUUUCCCACCACCCUUCUGAGUAAUACCCCUCCCCACCCUCUCACUAUACAUAAGGGUCUGGUGACUUCUGUUUCAGUGUAUCUGAAGAAGUGUCCAUGCACACGAAAGCUCAUACCAAUAACAAACAUGGUCUCUAAGGUGCCACUGGAUUUUUUAAAUUUUGUUUUGACUCCUACUAAGUUAUCUAAUUCGUAUAGAACAAGCUCCAAUAUUUGUUGGACGUGUAAAGAAAAGGAGGGUACCUUUUAUCAUUUGUGGUGGUCAUGUAAGUUAACAAAGUCUUUUGGGGAAUUGAUGUACAAUGAAUUGAAAAAAAUGUUUAAAAUGACAUUUGUCAAAAAACCAAAAGCCUUUCUAUUAGGAAUUACAGACUCCGAUAUCUCAAAAGACCAGAAAAGACUGUUUAUGUAUGUGACAACAGCUGCAAGGAUGCUACUAGCCUAAAUAUGGAAAGAACCAACAGUUCCAACAAGGGAAGAAUGGCAGUGCUGAAAUGGCAAAACUGACUGGGAGAUUCAGGAAUCAAGAAGAUCAUGACUUUAAAAAAGAAUGGGGAAAAUUUAUAACUUACUUGGGAGACCAUUGUAAACAAACAAAAACGUUAGCCGGACUUUAAAAAUAGCUUGUAAAGAAACAAAAGACAUGGAUGAUUUAGAGAGAUGAAAACUGUGGAGAACAUAAUGAUAUGUAGUUUUAUAAAAAUUAUUUUAAGGACCCAUUCAGGGGCGGGGCUAGUCACAAGAUUCAGAGUAUCUCAUAUAUGGAUAUGUUAAUCCACUCAGGUAACCUGGCAGACAGGAUAAAAACAACUCACUCAGAUUUCUGUUGUAGUCCGUCCCUUCUCUGAUGUACAUAUGAUGUAACUAGGGGGUGGUCCUGGGCUACACCCCUUCUGUGAUGUAUGUAUGAUGCAUGGAGGGGUGGUUUUGAGCUACAGGGUGGACAGUUCAAAAGUCUAUAUAAGGGCUAGCACACCUUUGUCCUGGGACGACCUCCUCUUUCUUGCGUGUGGGGGGAGCAUCCUGUUGUAACAGCUUUAAUAAAGAUCAGGCUUACUAGCUGUUUUGCUUCUCAA